AUGACUGCCGUUGUGACCACGGCCCCAUUGGGCGUCGACCUUCUGGCCCAAAGCAUCAAGGAGAAUACAUCCAUCAACAUAGCUGAGGUCGACAUCAACAACACGGACAGAUUCCUCGUCCACUCUCCCUACACAGAACCAGAGCACUUGCUAGAUCUCGAGACCCUGGAUGAUGAAAACGCCCUCCUCGCCAGGGCGUUGUCUCAGAUGGAGUGCCUCCGCGCGGACUACGCCACGGCCGGCUACGUUGAAUCCUUCAAUUGGGACCAAGUUCUCGGCGAGCUCAAGCGCCUCGUCCAAUCCACUGGGAAAUCAUUCAAGGAAACUUCCUUUUACAUUGUGGCAUUCCGCUCGACGAUCCCGCCAUCAACAAUCUAUGAAGAUCUCGGCGUUUUGGACAAGGCCGCGCAUGCCGAAGCCAACCAAUUCGGGGGGUUCUUGAAAUAUUGGUUCGGAAGUCCCGACUCAGAAGGAAGAAAUUUGGCAACGUGCGUCUGGCGGUCGAGACCAGAUGCCGUCAAAGCCGGCCACGGUCAGGCUCAUCGUCGAGCAAGUCGUGCGACAGCGUCCAUGUAUUCGUUUUGGAAGAUUGAUCGACACCGCCUCAUCGUUCGUGACGGGGCCGAAAGCUGGGAGAUUGUCGAUUGGGUUGACUGA